AUGAGCGCAACAUUCUUAAACAUGCCCUCCCCGCAGCUCGCCACCCCCUACUCCGAGAGCCCCUCCGCUCCAGGCACGCCCAUGUCCGGCAUCUCCACCAUCGCCAUCAAAGACGGCCACGAAGGCCACCGCCCCAGCGGCGACACCGUCUCCGCCGCCGACCGCAUCUCCCGCCUCGGCGGCUACUUUGACCAAGCACGCAACAUCACCUCCUACACGCCUACACCUACAUCAUCCCCCGCCACACCCUCGCCCGCGCCGGGGACAACUCCUGGCGAGAGGAGGAGCCCCGCGAGUAAUGCGACGGGCAGCACCAUCACGACAGAGGAGGCGCUGAGGGCGACGAGGGAGGCGAAGAUGAUUGAUGGAAUGACUUAUGAUGAGGGCGUUGUGGAUACGACGGAUAGGACGCCGGUACUGGUGUUGAAUAGGGAGAAUGAGAGGAGGAGACCUGUGGUAAAGGAAGGGCUAGUGCUGGCACGCGGAGAGGAGGCGCAGAAGAAAUUAUAG